AUGGGGGUUGAUCUACUACCAAUACCAAAACCUAGAUGGGGAGAGCUUGAUGAAGAGGAUGACGAAAAAGAUUAUUACUCCACAUUGCUUCCCAAACAGGUGAUCGGACCUGACGAACACGGUGUAAAGAAGGUGGUCGAGUAUAAGUUCAACAACGACGGUAACAAGGUUAAGAUAACCACCACAACACGUGUUCGUAAGCUCGCCACCUCUCGACUCAGUAAGAGCGCCGUGGAGAGGCGUUCAUGGUUGAAGUUCGGCGACGCUGUUCAUGUGGAUGUCGGUGCCCGGCUAACCAUGGUUUCUACAGAAGAAAUCAUCUUUAAGCGUCCUAAAGCUCCAGGUCAAGAAGACACGAAUGCAUCUGGGGAUCCAUUAACUCGCGGAGCUGUUCUGAUAGUAUGUAGGAGUUGUGGUAAGAAAGGUGAUCACUGGACCUCAAAGUGCCCCUACAAGGCUGAGAAUCUGAACCACCCUUCAGUUUUAUCAGUCACUGAUGAUAGUGAGAAAGGAGAUGUAUAUGUCCCACCCAUAAAGCGAGGUGGUGCUGAUAUGAGGCGGAGGAAUGAUGAGAACUCAGUUCGAGUAAAUAACCUGUCGGAGGACACCCGAGAACCUGACUUGCACGAGCUGUUCCGGCCGUUUGGUAGCGUUUCACGUGUUUAUGUGGCAAUGGAUCAAAAGACUCAGAUGAGUCGAGGUUUCGGGUUUGUUAAUUUCGUGAGGAGGGAAGAUGGUGAUAAAGCUAUUGCUAAACUUAAUGGGUAUGGUUAUGAUAAUCUUAUCUUGGCUGUUGAAUGGGCUGCGCCUAGGCCAAAAUAA